UGCCAUCCGACUUCUAGCUUCAGUGUUGCCACAUCGCAUUGAUGACCUUGAGGAACGCCAGAUGCUGCUAGAUCGCAUCUUUGCUCUUCUUGGAAACACACUCUCACCUGUGCAAUGACCCAGCCAUUAGUGUCUCAAGCAAGAAGGCUCGUGGUACUUGUGUUGCAAUCACUGCAACUCAUUCAAGUACUGUUGUGGAGGCUGUAGUAUCCCUUGUGAGAACUUUACAUGCUCUCCCUGUAUGGAACAGUGUUAUUAAUGAUGCCAUCACAGAUCGCCUGAGCUUAGUGGCUCAGCUGUUGUCUGAUUUGGCUCAGUUCCAGUUGAAGGUUGAUGAUUGCAGGCCUGGCAGUUUAGUUGGACAGGCUGCAGGUAGCAGUCUUUGGCUGUAAUUGGGGGUCUUGAUGCCAGACCAAGAUUAGGGGGAGAUGUUCUUCUAGAAGAUGAAGCACUUGGUACAAUUGCACGCAUUGGUCAUCACAAAGUCUAUAUUCAGCCACAUGAAGGUGGUACCCUAUUGAAACUUGGCCUGUCUUCAGUUGUCCCAUCUCCUACAAAACAGUUUGCUAUAGAUCGUUUAAGCAUAACUGCAGCAUGUGUGCAAAUGUGGGUUUCAUUGGUUGCUCUGGCUGGUGAUUAUACAAGAAAUUUCCAUGUGUCAACACCAUUGUCUUUGUCUCCAACUCUCCUAAGAAUACAACAGAUUCGCAUGUUGGUGAUACGAGGUUGUCGAGCUCUUCUCACCCACCAGUCUCUCUUAAGGCUGGUCCUCUUGCAGCCAACUAAUGAUAUCAGUACCUCUACCAACAACCUUGAUGCAGGAGAAGAUACCAGUCAGAGCUCAGAGAAUGUGGCACUUGGAGAAGGUGACCCAACAUCAGUGGACUUGUUCUCCCCAUGGGACUUCAUGGAAGUUAGUAGCAGCGGCUCGUCUGAAAACUCCUUCCAGUGGUACAUAAGGAGGCCAUGGAUUCUGUUGAUUCAACGUCUGAUCACUGCUGCUACACCACCUUCACCAGUUAAGGCUUCAUAUACUAGGGAACAGUUAGAG